UCAACGUGGACGGUUCAGAUGCGUUUGAGAAUUUUUCAGAAAAUUAAAGGCUACCGUUAGACACCAUCCACUUUAACGGCGAUUUACACGGUAAAACUGUAAAGAACAAUUCAUCCUCUUCGUACCAUCUCCAAAAACAGUCCAUCCAAAACGGAAUGGCGGAAACAAAAUCACCUAAGAGGAAGCCUGUUUUCACCAAGGUUGAUAACCUGCGUCCUGGAACCAGUGGCCAUAAUCUGCUUGUGAAAGUUGUUAGUUCAAAGUUAGUCUUGCAAAAGGGCCGGCCUGAUGACCGUCAAAUGCGAAUCGCUGAAUGUUUGGUAGGUGACGAGACCGGAACUAUACUGUUCACAGCACGGAACAGUCAAGUGGACCUGAUGAAAGCUGAUGGCACUGUAAUUCUACGCAAUGCAAAAAUCGACAUGUUCAAGGGAUCAAUGAGGCUUGCAGUGGACAAGUGGGGCCGCGUCGAGGUGACAGAACCUGCCAGUUUCAUUGUAAAAGAAUACAACAAUUUGUCCCUCGUUGAAUAUGAGCUUGUGAAUGUCGUGGAAGAGUGAAGGAGAUGAAAUGCUGAGGUGUCAUGCCAUUAUUGGUGUCAUAAGAACUGAAUCAGCUAAAAUUUCUGGAUAGAGUUCCAUUGGUUUUUUGAGAUUGGGAUUUUUCAAUAGUUAUGUUCUUCUAUAGUUCAUGAUUUUUGAUAUUUAAGUGAAGAAUCUGGAAAACGAGCGAUGAUAAGGACUGGGAUAAGUGGUGGAACCUUCAGCGAUUUUAGUAAGCGAGCUGGAUGAGAUCAAAAGCAUGUUUGUUUUGGUUUUGUUUCAAUAAUAGGACCUGAAAUUGGAAGUAUAAAAUGAGUGCAGAGAUCGAAUUUCGGAUUGUUGUUGGAUAAAUGUAUCAUGAGUUAUUAAUCAUGUUGGCCCGGAAGUUAUUAUUCUAAUGAUAAAAAGGUUACUUA